CUUCUUCCUUCUCACUAUCAGACAGACAGCUCUCAGACACAAUCCUCUUCAUCAUCAAAUCAGGAUUCCUCUUAUCCUCUUCUUCUUCUUCUUCUUCUUCCACCACUUCAUAUGCCUCUUUCCUCUCGCCAUCGAGGGAGAAAGACUUCGUCUUUCUUUCUUCUUCCUCUUGUUGGGAGCAAUAGGACAAUGUAGUUACUGAGCUCUGCAGCAGACCAUGCAGGAAACGCUCCAUCUCCUCUCCAACGCCAAACCCCAUUUCCCUUCCACUGCUCCACCACCUCCUCCUCCUCCGGCUUCUUAUCCCAGCCAUGACUGCCCUUCACUUUCCCGUCCAAAGAUCCUACCUUUGCCCCCCUCCUCCGCUGCCGCCACUGUAUCACUCCCUCCAAAGCCCCACAAGUCCCCUCAUCACCACCUCCCCGCCCUCCCCUCCCCUCCCUCCGACUUCGAGGAGAAGAUGCUCUACCUCGACUCCCUCGGCAUCGACUUCCUCUCCCUCAUCGGCCGCCACCCUCCCCUCGUCUUCACCCCUCUCCCCUCCCUCAAGUCCACCGUCGACUUACUCCUCUCCAUGGAAUUCAACCCCAUCGAGCUCCGCCGCAUCUUCGGCAUGUGCCCCGAGGCCCUCUCCCUCAGCCCCCGCCACCUCCUCCCAGUCUUCACCUUCCUCCUCCGAGAGGCCCGCGUAGGCGGCUCCGACAUCCGCGGCGUCAUCAACCGGCGGCCCCGCAUACUCGCCUGCCCUGUCGCGUCCCGCCUCCGCCCCACCCUCUACUUCCUCCAGAGCAUCGGCAUCACCCAGGUGAACAAGCACACUAAUUUACUCUCCUGCAGCGUCGAGGACAAGCUGAUUCUGCGGAUUGAGUACUUCAAGAAUGUCGGGUUCUCGCAUAAAGACUCGAUCACGAUGUUUCGGAGGUUCCCGCAGCUUUUCUGUUACAGUAUAAAGGAGAACUUGGAGCCCAAGUUCAAUUAUUUCGUAGUGGAGAUGGGGAGGGACUUGAAGGAACUCAAGGAGUUCCCUCAAUACUUCUCCUUUAGCUUAGAGAAUAGGAUUAAGCCGAGGCACCAGUCCUGUGUAGAGAAGGGCGUCUGUUUCCCUCUGCCGAUACUGUUAAAGACGAGCAAUGAGCGAUUCCGGGGCAGGGUGGAUGUUUGCUGUAAUUCUUCGAUGCCCUUCUCGUCUUCUCCCUUGUGGUGUACAAAUUGUGAAGCUGAUUGAUUCUAUAUAGAAUAUAGCAUUCUAUUCGAAUUAUAGAAGCGGAUAAAAAGCAAGAUUUUUUUCACAUACUUCUAUGAUCUUUAAAGUUCAUCUUUAUGACUUGGUUGUGAUGACUCAUUAGAUUUCUUGGACCAGAUAUAUGUUCCAUUUGCUAGUAGCUUUAUGAAUGUCAUCGAUAAACUUUUGCAAGCCUACUAAUCAAAUAGGUUACACAGUCUGUUCAUACA